AUGCUCUACAUCUGCCGGUGGGCUGACGGAGCCCGGGUCGGCGCCAAGGCGGCGGCGGCGGCCAGGCUUGCUUCUGGCGCGGGGAUGCCCAAGAAGGGGAAAGGCCAGAAUAAGGAGCCAGUGAAACCACUUCCUCCCACUGGACCUGUGGCAGUUGAUCAGAGUGGUUCCAUCACAAUAGCCAUUCAUGCCAAACCUGGUUCCAAACAAAAUGCCAUAACAGAUGUGACAACUGAAAACAUAAGUGUAGCUAUUGCUGCACCUCCAUCAGAAGGAGAGGCUAAUGCAGAACUGUGUCGGUAUCUUGCCAAGGUCCUAGAACUUAGGAAGAGUGAUGUUGUCUUAGAUAAGGGUGGUAAAUCUCGUGAAAAAGUGGUAAAGAUUUUGGCAUCUACAACUCCAGAAGAGAUUUUGGAGAAAUUGAAAAGGCAAGCAGAAGCUCCCUAAAACAAACCAAAAAAGGCAGAAAUGAACAUUAUCUUUUGUGGAACCUUUUUUUUUUUAAAGAAGUAAAUUCGCAAGGAGAAGAGCCUAGGCAGUACUUGAUUGUACUUUGAAGAAAAACAGGUCUCUGAAAGUAUUCUUCAUGGAAUGUUUAAAAAGUCAAAAUAUCACAUAACUAAUAAGGCAAAGUGUGCUGCAGCCAAACUUCAGUUACUCUGGAAAUACUCAAACCAAGCCAUUAUAGUCCAGUUUUUAAAAUUUAGAACUGGUUUGUUAAUACUACAUACCUACCCUAAAGCUUAUUUUAUGGACUAUUACUUAAAUUUUAUGGAACCAUACACUUAAAGUGUUGAAAGCGACCUUAGAGGUUACCUACUGUACUCAUUUCAUUUUUACAGAUGAUUAAACAGUGUCAGAGAGGUUGAGAUGCUUGUCCAAGGUCACACAAGUAAUCAACCUCACAGAGACUACAGCUCACUUCCCUUCACUCCAGUGACAGUGUCCUCAUCUAUACCACACUAUUACCUUGACUGUUAUUUACAAAAAUUAAAAGACAUAAGUGUAUAGAAGCAGCUUGGUAGUGAGUAGAGCCCUAGACUUGAAGUCAAGGACAGUCACUUCUCUGAGCUUUAGGAAAGUCUGUAAGGCUCUAGAUUAUAGAUGGGUUGAAAUGUGGUUUGGUGGACAAAAUCAUAAGUCCUUGACUUAUUUCUGUAAAGAAAAUGUGACAGAUUUGUUGAAUUGCAAUUGGGUAAUAACAUUUAAAAUGUAUUUUUAAAAAGACUUCUCUCUCUUUAUUUUUGUCUUUUCCCCAUACCUACCCUUUUAGUGGAAAUGUUUUCUUAAAUCAGAUUAUAUAAAUCAAGUUUUUUUUCCCUUGCAGUAGUUUACAAUAGGCUUAUAUCAUUAAUUAGGAAAAUUUGGUGUGUAUAAGCAAUAUUCCUGUUUUCUUGAGGAAACCCUAAUGCAAAAUAUAUUCUUUAUAACUCAGAUAUAUAAGUAGGUUUCAUCUUUUGAAGAUGGUAUUUGUUUAAAAAUAUUUAUUUUGCUGUUUUUAUUUCAAGUUCAUAGUCGUUAGUAAUUUACAUGUUGAAGCAGGUACUGGUGGAAUCAUUAGGAGGUAAUAUGACAUGUUAUCUGCAUUUUAGAAGAUUUUUUUUGUUAUGCUAUGCUAAAAGGACCACUACUCCUAUCACCAAAACCAAUAGAUACUUUAAUAACUUAAUGAAUAACAGUAGUUCCCAUUUAUACAUUAUUUAGAAUUAGUCAAAGUUAAUAACUGAAGUGGUAUUCAAACCAGGUUUUCUAACUCUGUCUACUAUCCACUCCACCACUGUUGGGCAGCUAGGUUGUGCAGUGGAUAGAGUGCUGCGUGGUAGACCUGAGUUCAGAUCCAGCUUCAGACACUU